AUGAGUAACAAAACAGUCAUCCUACUAAAGAACCCCAGCACACCAACUGACCCAUACCAUGAACUACUUCUAACCAAGUCUUAUAUUCCUCAAUUCAUACCACUACUUCACCAUACACAUAAAGAUAAAGCACAGACUAUGGCCUACUUGAAGUCCAAGGAGUUCAUUGACGAUACGAACUACUUUAUAAUAACGUCUCAGCGUGCCGUUGAGAUGUUGCGAGAGUGCAUCGACGAGAUCAAAUUGGAAAAUGAGAAUGGCCAUGGUAUACAGCAGAAAAUUUUGACCAAAGUGGGAUACACCGUGGGUCCAGCAACUCACAAGAUUUUAAGAGAGGUGGGGUUCGUCAACGUACGAGGCGGUAUCGAUGCUGGGAACGGGUCGAAAUUGGCCGAUCUAAUAAUGGAUGAAUUGACGCCAAACACCAAAAUUGCCUUUUUCACUGGUGAAGUACGCAAGGACAUCAUUCCUCGGAAAUUGGUCGAUGUGGGCAAAUUCACCCAGUUUGAAGAGUUUGUCAUGUAUCGUACCUGUGAGCGCAAUGAUAUUGUUGACAAGUUUAAUGCUAUUGUCAAUGGGGGUAGCGACUCGUUGGAUGGAUGGAUUGUGUUUUUCAGUCCACAAGGAACUAGAGAUAUUGUGCAAUAUUUGAAACUGCGAAAUGGGAGCAUAGAUGAGUUUGCCGGGAGCAGACGGUGGAAGUUGGCUAGCAUUGGGCCUACUACUGAAGAGUAUCUUUUGUCUAGCGGAUUAAUUCCUGAUGUCGUUGCUGCAAAGCCUGAUGCUACGAGUUUGAUUCAUGGGAUACUCAAAUGCGAUUGA